AUAUAUAUAUAUAUAUUGUUGAUUGCCUGUUCCUCUUCCUCAAAUAAAAACAAACCACAACAUGAAAUAUCCAUAUUAUACCUCCCUUCUGCUCGGCCUCAGCCAGAGUCUACCGUCCGCCGCCGCCUCGAUCGCAACCCUCUACGCCACGCACUACUCCACCGGCUCCGUCUACAGCUUAUCCCUGGACCGAGCCACCAACGGCUCCUACUCGCUUUCGAUCGCCUCCUCGCUCAAAACAUGCGGUCCCUAUCCGAGCUGGGUGACGUUCGAUGCCGCCACGCGCACCCUGUACUGCUCGGACGAGAACGGCGGGAGAAGCACCAACGGCUCGUUGACGGCCCUCGCGGCCCCCCAGGGCGACGGGAUGCUCGCGGAGCUGGCGAGGACGGAUGCCGCGCCGGGCGGGGGGGUGAACAGUGUGAUUUAUGAAGAUGGCCGGGGGGGGAAGUAUCUUGCUAUUGCGCAUUAUGCUGGCUCCGCCCUCUCCACUUUCUCUCUUCCCAUCUCCUCCUCCUCCUCCUCCGCCGCCGCUGCGGACCCCCUCCAGGUCUUCCCCUUCCAAUUAUCCUCCUCCCCCGGCACUGUCCCCGACCGUCAGGAGGCCCCGCACCCGCACCAAACCCUCCUCGACCCCACGGGUGCCUACGUGCUCGUGCCCGAUCUAGGCGCCGACCUGGUCCGGGUCUUUGCCAUCGACAAGCAAUCCGGCCAGUUGACCAGCUGUCCAAGUCUGCCGUAUACGCCGGGCGGGGGGCCGCGACAUGGCGUUUUCGCGGCGGGGGGCCCCGUCUCUAGGGUGAAGGGCCACAAACCACCACCAGCAGAAGGGCAGACAAUCCUCUACGUAGCCGGGGAAUUGAACAAGGAGGUCGAAGCCUUUGUCGUUUCCUACCCGUUGCCGUCUGACAAGACCGCCACCACCACCACCACCACCACCCCCGGCUGCUUGUCUUUCAACCGAAUCCAGUCCCUCACGCCUUACCCGGACCCUGGGCUGCCGGCCGGUGCCUCGCUCGCUGAGAUCCGCCUCGUCCGGGACCAUGUCUACGUGUCUGUCCGGCUGGAUGGCGCGUUCCCGCCUGACGAUUCCGUUGCCACCCUCAACCGCCACCGCAACGGGACCUUGCGCUUGGACGAGAUUACUUCGUCGUACGGUGUGAUGCCGCGCACCAUGGCGGUCAAUAAGGCCGGCAAUCUCGUCGCCGUCGGCAACCAGCUUUCGUCCACCGUGGCGAUUGUGCCCAGGGAUGUCGUCACGGGGAAACUGGGUGAGGCCCUGGCGGUUUUGCAGGUGGGAGUGCCGGGGCAACCGGAUACCAUGGAGGGGUUGAGUAGUGUGAUUUGGGCGGAAUAGUUUCUCUUCAUCUGGCCAUCUUACUCGGGCUGACUAGGGUUCGAUAAUAGGGAUCGAUAUACUUGUAUGAAGUGAUUGUGAUAGAUAGAUGUCUUUUCAUAGCCUAGCUGUACUGUUCAACCCCGGCGUGUCGCACUGGAUAUCAGCAGUCAAAUCUCAUCACAAAUAAACCAGUACCAAAAUGCCACCAUCGUGUAUAAACCGCCCGAGUUAUAAUACGAACCAACAUGCGC